GAAGUUCUCAGACUACAUCAGGAUUAUAUAGAUCUGUACACUCAAAACUUUUAACCGCACAUCAAGACGUCAACGAGAAUUCAUCUAAAGCUUCCAGAGUUGCAAGUCCAGUUUUGGGUAAUGAAAAGAAUAAGUCUGUAACCAAUCCAGUUAUUGGGAAUCUUGAUUCAUCAAGACAUACAAGAGUUGAAGAUGAUGAUUUUCACGACGAAUAUAUGAAUAAAUCUGGUGGAGGUAUAAAUGAGAGUGGUGAAACUAAAGAAACUAUCGCUUACAAUGACGAAAAAUUCAUGUGCAAUUUUGAAAAGUCUAGAAAAGGUAAAGAAAAGGCGUUUCAGCCCACGGUUCAUAAUACUAGAAGUCGAUCUGAAUUGUCUAAGAGUACAAAUUGUAUCGAGAAAAUGUAG